AGCCCGUUGGGCAACCACAGUUUACAGAGUCAAACAGCAUAGCUCUAGAAGCCUCAGCUGGAAAACUAUCCACCCAAGUAACACCGUCAAGGCACCUUGUCACAUAUAGUUCAUUACCUACCGUUCUCAAAAACAACGAAACGCAGGGAGAACGAUAGCGAAAUUGACCAGAGAAACAAUGGAGAACGCGGCGGUGAUGAUGGACUUGCCGGAAGGCUGCAUAGCCAACGUGAUCGGGCUGACGACUCCUCCAGACGCGUGCAGGCUGUCGUUGACUUCGACGGAUUUCAAGUCGGCGGCAGACUCCGACGCCGUUUGGGACAAAUUCCUUCCGCCUGAUACCAAUGAGAUCCUAUCCCGCUCCGAAUCUGCAAUCGACGCCAAAUCCAAAAAGGAGCUUUUCCUCACUCUCUCCCACAACCCCAUCCUCAUCGACGAUGGCAAGAUGAGCUUUUCACUUGACAAAUGGAGUGGGAAGAAAUGCUAUAUGAUAGCUGCAAGGGGCCUUCGGAUUGCUUGGGAUGAUACUCCACGAUAUUGGAAAUGGAAAUCUCUGCCUGAGUCCAGGUUUAAGGAGGCGGCCAAGCUUCGUUUUGUAUGCUGGCUUGAAAUCCGUGGGAGAAUUGAAACGCGCAUGCUGUCCCCAUCCACGACAUAUAAAGCUUAUCUGGUGUACAAGUUAACUAAACGCACUUAUGGACUAGACUGGCCUGCCGUGGUCACAGUUGGUGCAAGAGCUUAUGGGUUUGAUUAUGAAUGCCCUGGUUUGAAGGAAAUAACUGCUGGCAUUAAGCACACUGCGAUUCUUGUGCCGCAAAGAAAAAUAGAAGGACAGCUCGCAAGACAUCAUGAAAUCAAUGAAGUUAAAUUUCCAAAUGAAAGCAGAGCGGAUGGGUGGCUGGAGAUGGAGCUGGGUGAGUUUCACUGUCAAGGUGAUGAAGACGGGGAGUUGGAAAUGAUUUUUUGUGAGACUAGUAUGGGUAAGAGUGGUCUCCUUGUUCAAGGAAUUGAGGUCAGACCCGAGAGGGAGUAGAUCAUGGAUAUAGAUAUAGUGAUUAUCAUAGUUGAUUUUCUAGGGCUGCCCUGUGUUACCUUCAUGUUCUUGCCCUGGUGGAUACAUGUAAUCAAAUUUCAUAAUCUAAAAAGGAGGGUUUGAUUGUUGUGAAGCUAUAUUUGUUUGUUAAAAUAAAUAAGCUAGGUUCAGACUGA